AUACCCUAUAGAAUUGUGUUUAGCACAGUAGCAGCAAUCAUCACCUAUUGCACGCCAUACAUGAUCACGGAUGGUCAUGUACCUGUCUAUUAUUAUGUUAUUCUCAUUGUGAAUUAUGCGCUGUAUCAGGUGUGUCUGUAUUGCAUGUUUGUAGCGGUAAUGGCAUUCUUUGCCAAAAUUUCUGAUCCUGCCGUUGGUGGCACGUACAUGACAUUCCUGAACACACUAUCGAAUCUAGGCGGAAAUUGGCCGAAUACCGUGGUACUGUGGUUGGUAGAUGUGUUGACAUGGCAAGAGUGUAAACAUGUUGAUCCAGUAGUGGCGGCGAAGAAUAGCUGCCUGACGAAAGCGCAAAAAGCGGAAUGUGAGGCUGCAGGUGGCGAAUGUCAAAUCGUCUUCGACGGUUACUAUAUUGAAUCAAUAAUAUGCAUAUUGUAUGGAAUUAUAUGGCUGCUGUGCAUGCGACGUUGGAUAAAUUACUUACAAAAUUUACAAUUGCGUAGUUGGUUAGUUGUUAAAAAAGGGAAGGGAGUAAACAGUGCUAAAAAGGCGAGAUAGCAAUUCAUUGUAUGACAUGAGGAGGAUGACGCUCAACGACAUUUGCUAGACGCCGAUGAGGCUGAGGCAGCUGAAUUCGAUAGAAAAACUAAAACAGAGCUUGAGUUUGAUAAUUCGAUGAUUUGAGAAAAAAUCGCCAGAAAUACCAUUGUUUAGUAUGGGAUUAGCUUAGAAAAUAAUAAUUUAAUGUAUUUAAAUUCCAAAUGAUAUGCUUUUAAAUGUAUGUAUGUAUGAUUGUAGUGCAAUUACAAAUGUAUAGUAUUUAGUGUUUUACCAAUUAUUAUCCGAUGCAUUUCGCUGGCUUUCAAAAUUGUAUUUGCAUCCACGGCUCAAACUUUAAAAUAUAUAGAUUACAUACAUAUUGUCGAUUAAAGUACAAAACCGCGUAUCGUCAUUCUGCAAAACCGUGUAACUAACAUUUUUCUGCCAAAAAUUGGACUUGCUCACAAAAGCUCUUGGCUCAAUCUUUAUCUAUUCGUCCUGAAAUAUGCUAGCCAAAAAUGCGAUUGCUUUAUAAAAAAGAGAACCAUUUUGAAAUAUGAGAGUUUUUACUCUCUAGAAAACAAUUUAUGAAACCUCACAUACGCGGUUUUGCAUUAACUUUAUACGCGGUUUUGAAUUUUGGUGAAACGCGGUUUUGUACUUUAAACAACGAUAUGUAUGUACAUAAGCAUUUUGUAGGUAUGCAAUUGUAAUACAAUUUUUGAAUAUGUCAAUGUAAGGUAUAUAUUUGCUGUUAUUAAAUGAUCUAAAUAAUAAAACUGCUGGAAUAUUUGAAACUUUUCUGCUUCUAAGAGCGUUUAGAGCUUUUUUUCAUGUGUAGAAAAUAAAUUAAUCUUUUAUGUGGCAGCCCGAA